AUGGACUCAAAACACUUUCUUAGACGUUUCUUCGUCGCUUCGCUUCUUUGUCUUACUUCUGCUCACAUCCUCGAUCAGUCAAACAGCAAAGCAUCUGAGUUACAGACAUGCUUGACCACUGCUGGGGUUCGAAAUGCUAUCAGCACUGACGACACCUGGGCCAACGACACCGCUGGUUUCCAGAAACGCAUCAAAGUCGACCCUGCUGCUAUAUCAUUCCCAGAGAACAAUGAUCAGAUCGCGCUCUCUCUAGACUGCGCACGGAAUGCAUCCACUUCGGCUUCGGUUCUCGGUGCCGCGCACUCUUUCCAGGCCUACGCAUGGCUGCCUUCAACUCUGUCUCUUGACGCGGCUACCAACCGCCUCACAUACGGCGGAGGCUUCCACGUCGGACCCGUCCUCAAAUACCUCUGGGAUAAACACGGUCGUCAUUUUCCCCACGUCCGUGGUGCCAAUGUCGGUCUGGCUGGCUCCAGCAUUGGUGGUGGUUUCGGCUCCACUUCCCGCCACCUCGGUAUUCCCAUGGACAACCUCAAGUCUGUUGAAUACAUGCUGUACAACGUUACCAUCGUCAACGCGCCUAAGGGCUCUGACAUCUUCUGGGCCGCCCAAGGUGCUGGCGCCUCCUUUGGUGUCCUGCUCUCCGUCAUCACCAAUACCUACAAGCCCGUUUUCGACACCGCUGUGAACUUCACUAUCAACGCCGGUGACCUGACCUCCACCAAGGCUGUGAAAUCCCUCAUUGCCAUCCAGAGGUACUCGCUUUCCAAGGAUUGUACCGAUGAGUUGGCCCUCCGCUGGUCUCUCAGCGGCCCCCCCUACAUGGCAAACGGCUUUUUCUACGGAGAUGCUGCCGGUUUCGACACUGUUAUUGCACCUCUUCUCAGAUCCCUCAACGAUAUCGCUGGCAGUGUCACAGUACAGAAGACUGAGCUGCCCUUCUGGGACAUGGAGGUUGCCGUUGCCGGCGCAGGCAUGAAUCAGCCCAACGAAAGCGCCCUCAGCGGACGAAGUUUCUACACUCAGUCUUUGACUACCACCACAGAUCGCCCCCUCACAGUUGAGCAGGCCAAGGUUCUCUAUGAGAGUACUAGCUUUUCUUUCAACCGUACCGACAUGCGCAAGUCCGGCUUCAUUGAUCUCUGGGGCGAUGUCUCUCGCGAUAUCUCAGACACCGACACUAGCUUUGCCCACGGCAAAAACCUCUGGCUCAUUCGCUGGGAUUUCAACUCCGUUGAUGUCAACAGCUAUCCUGCUGAUGGCCCCGCUUACAUGAAGAGUCUCAUUAAGCCCUUUGAGGAGGCUCUGGUUGCCAGCGGUGCUCCUCUCCGUGGAUUUGUCAACUACGCCGACACCGAACUCUGA